AGCUCUCUCGAGACCGACGGUUUACUAGCCUACUGCACGCGCGAGGGGCAUGGUAGUUGUAUUUCAUAUCGCGUUUCUUGGUUUUAAUAUUUCCGUGCGUCCUUCCAUUUCUCUCCUCCUUUAUAUUUUCGUGGAACGAAGUUGUGCAGCGAUACGUGCCAGUUGGAUCAACUGUUAGGAAACAACUUUGUUCUCGGUACGUCAAUUUUUAUAUAGCGGACUUCUGCGGCCAUCGCUGGUGGGGAUUUUAAGAAUGACGUCUGUGGAGUCGAAGGCAGAGACGUGGAAGGGAACCGAAGAACUCGCACAGGGGGUGGCUGAGAGCACCGUGGAACUGCUGGAGCUGCUCAGCCAUGUGCAGGGAGGGCGCAUGGACGAGCAACGCUGCCUUUUUGACCCCAAGAAGAUCCCCUGUACCCCGAAACACACGGAUGCAACAAAACCUGCCGCCGGCUCGGUUGCUAGGCCACAGGCGGUCUCCCGCGGCGAUCGGGGGGGACGGGGGCCGACUACAGCUGAGAAUGAGACGGACCGCUUGUGCAGCAUGGUGUCCAGAGUUCAGGGCUCCAGGAUGGAUGAGCAGCGAUGCUCUGCACCCCAAAUCUUUCUGGCCCCUGGAUCCCCUCCCGCUCCCAGGAAGGCUCACUCCAGGCCUGCUUCCCCUACAGCGACCCCCUCCAGCCAGCGCCCACCUGGGUCAGCCUCCCUCAGCCCCACCCCAGAUAAAGAGAGAGUUCAGAGGGACGGCCUGCACACAGCUCAGGGAGUGGCUCCUGGUACGGUGGAGCAGGAGCAGUUUUUCUCCAUGCUCAGUCACGUGCAGAGAGGGCGUAUGGAGGAGCAACGUUGUGUUUUUGACCCGAACAAGAGGAGCGCCUGUACCCCCAAACACCCUAAUACAACAAAAUCAGUCCCCACUCAAUCCUCAAUGGCAGACAUUGAUCAACUGUUCAGCAUCUUGGCCAGCACUCAGAGCCAUCGCCUUGACGACCAGCGUGUGUCACUCAACUUGCUGCCAGGGUUACAGGGAGUCUCUGGCAGUGAUCAGGAAGGACGGGGGAAGUCUGUGGCUGGAAAGGAAACCGAUGAGCUGUGCAACAUGGUGUCCAGACUCCAGGGCCCCAGGAUGGAUGAGCAGCGAUGCUCUGCACCCCAAAUCUUUCUGGCUCCUGGAUCCCCUCCCGCUCCCAGGAAGGCUCACUCCAGGCCUGCUUCCCCUACAGCGACCCCCUCCAGCCAGCGCCCACCUGGGUCAGCCUCCCUCAGCCCCACCCCAGAUAAAGAGAGAGUUCAGAGGGAUGGCCUGCACACUGCUCAGCAGGGAGUGGCUCCUGGUACGGUGGAGCAGGAGCAGUUUUUCUCCAUGCUCAGUCACGUGCAGAGAGGGCGUAUGGAGGAGCAACGUUGUGUUUUUGACCCGAACAAGAGGAGCGCCUGUACCCCCAAACACCCUAAUACAACAAAAUCAGUCCCCACUCAGUCCUCAAUGGCAGACAUUGAUCAACUGUUCAGCAUCUUGGCCAGCACUCAGAGCCAUCGCCUUGAUGACCAGCGUGUGUCACUCAACUUGCUGCCAGGGUUACAGGGAGUCUCUGGCAGUGAUCAGGAAGGACGGGGGAAGUCUGUGGCUGGAAAGGAAACCGAUGAGCUGUGCAACAUGGUGUCCAGACUCCAGGGCCCCAGGAUGGAUGAGCAGCGAUGCUCUGCACCCCAAAUCUUUCUGGCUCCUGGAUCCCCUCCCGCUCCCAGGAAGGCUCACUCCAGGCCUGCUUCCCCUACAGCGACCCCCUCCAGCCAGUGCCCACCUGGGUCAGCCUCCCUCAGCCCCACCCCAGAUAAAGAGAGAGUUCAGAGGGAUGGCUUGCACACAGCUCAGGGAGUGGCUCCUGGUACGGUGGAACAGGAGCAGUUUUUCUCCAUGCUCAGUCACGUGCAGAGAGGGCGUAUGGAGGAGCAACGUUGUGUUUUUGACCCGAACAAGAGGAGCGCUUGUACCCCCAAACACCCUAAUACAACAAAAUCAGUCCCCACUCAGUCCUCAAUGGCAGACAUUGAUCAACUGUUCAGCAUCUUGGCCAGCACUCAGAGCCAUCGCCUUGACGACCAGCGUGUGUCACUCAACUUGCUGCCAGGGUUACAGGGAGUCUCUGGCAGUGAUCAGGAAGGACGGGGGAAGUCUGUGGCUGGAAAGGAAACCGAUGAGCUGUGCAACAUGGUGUCCAGACUCCAGGGCUGUAGAAUCGAGGAGCAGCGAUGCUCUCUACCUGUGGCACUGAGUCCAGGGCCCCCCAGAUCAGCCUCCAUGAGCACGGUUACCCUCGAGUCCACCCUGCACAGACAGGACCAGCUCCUCUCCGCCCCUAACCCUGCCCCGCCCAGGAAGGCCCGAUCCAACCCCUCUUCGCCCAAAAAGUCCCGGUCCAGACCCGCCUCUCCCAGCCGGGCCACGCCCAGGAAGUCCCGGUCCAGACCCAACUCUCCCAGCCGGGCCACGCCCAGGAAGUCCCGGUCCAGACCCAACUCUCCCAGCCGGGCCACGCCCAGGAAGUCCCGGUCCAGACCCCAGUCCCCAAACGCGGCGCAGCACGUCAGCAGCCCCAUAGGCCCCGAGGACGACUGCUUCUCCCUCAUCCACAGGGUCCACGCGGCGCAGCUGCACAGGGCAGGAGGAGACGCGGGGGCCCACGGAAGAGAGGGGGGGAAUUCCCAACCCAGUUUUGAUUACUGUGAUGAGGAGACCGUUACUCCCAUCAGUCAGUUUGAGGUGUCGCCCCCUUCAGCGGAGAGGAAUUAUGAUGUCGGGGAUCAUGAAGUUGUGGCAGUCAAGCUGGCUCUGGAGGAGUGGCGGCAUUGCUCCUGCUAUGUGGAGGAUUGA